AUGGCUUGCUCGAGGGCUGUCGUUUUGAUGAUAAUGGCAAUGUUCUUGACCUCCGCAUUAGCUCAAUCUCCUCCUCCUCCUCCUCCUCCUCCUCCUUGUACUCCAGAAUCUUCUGCUUCUCCAAAUUCUUCUCCUUCUUCUCCUCCUCCAUCAGCAAUCACGGCCCCGCCAUCUCAAGCUCCUUCACCAGCUAAAAACAGCGCCGUUUCGAACAGAUUUGCUAUUUCUGGAAACGUGCCUGCUGGCUUCUUCGCUGCCGUUUUGGUGAUGUAG